AUGGAGCCACUACUAGGAGUAAAAGUUGGCUGCCUGUUUGCCCUGCUGGCUUUCACUCUGGGCUGUGGCCUCAUUCCCAUCUGCUUCAAAUGGUUCCAGGUUGAAGCAGCCACAGGUCGUCACCGCCAGGUCCUCAGCCUCCUGGGCUGCACUUCUGCCGGUGUUUUCCUGGGAGCAGGGCUCAUGCACAUGACCGCUGAAGCCCUGGAGGGAAUUGAAUCAGAGAUCCAGAAGUUUGUGGUGCAGAACAGGACAGAAAGCGGAGGAAAUUCUUCUGAUGAUGCCGAUUCAACUCAUAUCGAGUAUCCCUAUGGAGAGCUCAUCAUCUCCCUGGGCUUCUUUUUUGUCUUCUUUUUGGAGUCACUGGCAUUGCAGUGCUGUCGUGGGGCUGCUGGAAGAUCAACAGAGCAGGAGGAGGAAUGGGGUGGGGCUCACGUCCUUGGGCUCCACAGCCACGGACCUCUACCAUCACCCUCACGGGGUCCCCUUCGAGCCCUCAUCCUCUUGCUCUCACUGUCCUUACACUCGGUAUUUGAAGGUCUAGCUGUGGGACUUCAGCCAACAGUAGCAGCUACUGUGCAGCUCUGUCUUGCCGUCCUGGCUCAUAAGGGGCUCGUGGUGUUUGGUGUAGGACUGCGGCUGGUGCAGAUAGGCACUGGAUCACGAUGGGCCAUGUUCUCCAUACUGUCCUUAGCUCUCAUGUCCCCCCUGGGCCUAGCCCUAGGGCUGGCUGUGGCUGGAGGGGACUCUGAAGGAGGGAGGGGAUUAGCCCAGGCCGUGCUAGAGGGUGUGGCAGCAGGCACUUUCCUGUAUGUCACCUUCCUAGAAAUUCUGCCCCGGGAGCUAGCUGGUCCUGAGGCCCCUCUAGCCAAGUGGGGCUGUGUAUUUGCUGGUUUUGCCUUCAUGGCCUUUAUUGCCUUAUGGGCCUGAGAGAUUUCUGACUUUUCUGAUGGACCUAUCUAGGAUGGCCUUCCAACCCCCAGGAGACACCUCCCAAAUGAAUUUGGCCCUCGGACAUUUCUUCACUGAGACUAAAGGACAUUCACUAGGCAUCAUCUCAUAGACUGGAACCCAGCUUUUCCCUGCAUGAGAUCCCUUUCCUGCCUCAGGACUGUGAAAAGAAUGUUUAAGUUGAUCGCCUACUAAUUGGAGAAUUGUUAUAAAGACCAUCAUUCCAAAUUUCACUCUUGUGCCAUUUAUGCUACCAUGUGUAAUAAAAUGCCCAUUUUACCCUU